GAAGUCCCGCCCGCCCUAACGGCGGUUGCCCGGCAGCGGCGACGCGCUGUCCAUGGAGCUGGUGGCGGUGCCCGCUGCGCUGCAGCUGGUGGCCAGCGGGGACACGGGGCUGAGCAUGGAGACGCAGGCGGCGCUGGGCUCGUCGCUGCUGCUCCUGAAGCGCGAUUACCGCUUCGAGAGGGUCUGGUUCUGGGGCUGCAUCCAGGGCGUCAGUGGCACCUACUACAUCGCGCAGGGGCUGGGCCCCAACCUCGCAGCGCCUCGCAGCCGCCUCUACAGCUUGGACUGCGUGGAAUGGAACCUCCUGCCGCCGGCGACCGAGGAGAUGGUGAAACAGGCCGAGCUGCUGAAGGGCCACUUCCAGGGAGAUCCGUCUUUUGAGUACGAGUAUGGCGGGGGAAACGCAGAAGAUAAUGAAAAGCCCAAAAUCAAGGAGGAGAACCGCCUUGUAGCUACAAUAGAACAGAUAGACAGAGAGGUUGGUAUCAUCCCCCGACGUGCAUUUAUGAAGACUCCUCUUGGGUCUGUGCAGGAAAACAGACACUUUGAAGGUCUUUCUUUGACGGAGGCAAAAAAAUUAAGUUCCUAUUUCCAUUUUACUGAGCCUGUUAACUUGAAGAAUAAAACCCUGCUGGAAAUGGCUGACCUGGACCCAUCCACUGACUUUCUGGAUUCUCUGGAGCAUGAUGUCCCACAAGGCUCCUGGGCCGUCCACCUUGAGAGGGGAUGCACUGUGGUGGUGUUGAGAAGUCUGCUGUGGCUUGGACUGACAUUCUACCAUAUCCCAAUGACUAAGCAAUAUGGCUACCUCUAUUGUGGCACCGGUGAGAAGAACUUGGAUCUGCCCUUCAUGCUGUGAAACACUUCUCUGGGAUGAUCACUCAAGAAUAUUUAGAAUUUAUAUUUGGGAGAUUUUUCUUUAUAGCUUGUUUUACUAAAUGCAUGAAACCUC